CAGAAAGAGAGCGAGAAAGAAAAAUUGUGGUCACCCCAAUAUAUUUAUAUACUAUAUUAUAUAUAUAGGCGGGUGGAGAGAGAGAGAGAGAGAGAGAGAGAGAGAGAGAGAGAGAGAGAGAGAGAGAGAGAGAGAAUGAGAAUGGGGGAGAGGAUCAAUGAAGCAGAGAUCACAAACGUAACUUCAUUGCACGAAAUCAAUGAAUUCAAUCUUGAUAGAGCUGUGGAGAGAUUUCUCAACUGGACUCCUCUACAUGUGGCUGCAUCACGUGGGCAACAAGAGCUUUUCAAAGAACUAUUGAGUAGUAGCCCAGAGCUUGCCGAUGCUCUAGAUUCGCAUCAACGUUCGGCCCUUCACUUGGCAUCGGCUAAUGGACACAAUGAGAUUGUGAAAGCAUUAACAGCGGUGAAACCAGAAAUGUGCCUAGCUCGUGAUCGAGACGGCGCAAACCCUCUUCAUGUUGCAGCUAUGAGAGGAAAGGUUGAGGUCUUGGAUGAGUUGUUUGAAGUCAACCCCCAUGCAGGUCGAGCUUAUAGGGUGGACAGAGGAGAAAGAGAGACUAUCUUACACUUGUGCGUCAAAUAUAACCAGCUACAGUUUCUUUCGAUGUUGUUGAAGAAAUACUUUAAAGGUGAGGAGUUUGUCAAUGACACAGAUAGCGGGGGCAACACUAUACUACAUCUUGCUGUUGCGGAUCGAAGAUACGAGAUUAUCGAGUAUAUUCUUAACCACACGGAGAUAGAUGUAAAUGCAACAAAUGCACGCAAGCAAACAGCGAGGGGCAUUCUACUUCUUAGACAAAAAAAUGGAACGAAACCAGAGGGAGUAGACAAUGACAUUCAAGCCUUGUUUCAAAACUCCAUUGGCGAAAGCGCUGGUAUCCUCGAUCCUAUGGAAAUAGCACAGAGAAAAAAUGGAAUUUUAGUUGCUGCUGUACUGAUGGCAACCCUACUCUUUCAAGCAGCGGUGGCUCCACCCGGCGGUGUUUGGCAGGAGGAUAAAGAUGGUCCACAUGGACACAAAAGUGGAGGAGCUGUGAUGGCUUCUACUUACCCAAAGUUGUUCGGGUCUUUCCUCUUUUGUAACAUGUUGGGGUUUUUCACAUCUGUAAUCACAGUCUUUUUGAUCGCGACUGACUCGCUCUUCAAGACAAAGACAUUCGAGGAGAUUACGUAUAUUGCUACCGGCACAACAAUGUCGUCCAUUGGAGCAACGUAUUGGAUUUCUCAUGCCAUAUUCUCACCCGAAAGGACUCCCCCUCGCGUUACUGUAAUAAAGGUACUAGUUUUUUGGUGCUUCAUUUCAGCGGCUUACCUCCUAUUCCGCGGGAUAGCAAGAUGUGUGCGCGACAAAAAGAGAAGAAAUUACAGGGCCGUGGAGAUGGUUAACAGAUGGCAUACUAAUCAAGUUUAAUUCAGUAAACGGGGCUACUAGUGUUUGAUUUUUCUGUCCGUAUUGUUUGAAUUUUCAUGAGCAAUUCAAUAAUCAUGCAUGUUUAACUUAAAAAUAUUGUUGUUUUUAAAUCCAAGGUUUGCAAGUAACGGAAUAUUGUAUAUGGAA